AGACUCGAGGGCGGCGCUUGUGCAUAUGCUUCAUUUGCACAACACCUCACUUCCUCGCCAGCUGCCAUUGCUGUGGUGAAAGAGGCGAACGCACGAAUGCGCAAUGGAGAGAGGAAGGAUGGGGGAUUGUCAGUAGCCCCGAGACAACAGAAAAGGCUCUCUGCUUCAUAAGGAAGUGGCCAAGAGGCGAGGAGGCCAUCGGGAGCGCGCGGGGAGGCUGACAGCGGCGGCGGAGGCGGCGGCGCGUCCAUGGCUCAGUCCGCGACUAACGGCGUGGAUCAGGAUGUGGUCAGCAAGAGGCUACACUCAAGGAUGGAGGCGUCGUGUCUGGAGCUGGCCCUGGAGGGAGAGAGACUGUGUAAAUCUGGAGACUUUAAAGGUGGGACAGCUUUUUUCGAAGCCGCUGUGCAGGUGGGGACAGAAGACCUGAAGACUCUAAGUGCCAUUUACAGCCAACUGGGUAAUGCCUACUUUUACCUUAAAGAGUAUGGGAAAGCUCUGGAAUACCACCGACAUGACCUUACUUUAGCAAGGACAAUAGGAGACAGAAUCGGAGAAGCAAAAGCCAGUGGUAACCUUGGAAACACCUUAAAAGUAUUAGGCCGCUUUGACGAGGCUGUGGUUUGUUGCCAGCGACAUUUAGACAUUUCUCAAGAGCAGAGUGACAAGGUGGGAGAGGCCCGAGCGCUGUAUAACAUAGGGAAUGUUUUUCACGCCAAAGGGAAGCAGCAACUGUGGGGCUGCUCCCAGGAGCCAGGGGACCUACCUCCGGACGUCAGAGAGACGUUACAGAAAGCUACGGAUUAUUAUGAGAUGAAUCUGUCUUUGGUUAAAGAACUGGGGGACAGAGCGGCGCAGGGGCGGGCCUACGGGAACCUCGGCAACACUCAAUAUCUGCUUGGAAACUUUGUGGAAGCGAUAAAGUUCCAUCGCCAGCGAUUAUCUAUUGCCAAAGAAUUCGGGGACAAAGCAGCAGAGCGACGGGCCUACAGUAAUCUGGGAAACGCUUUGAUAUUCCUCGGACAGUUCAACUCUGCCACAGAAUACUACAGAAAAACUCUGCAGCUGUCCAGGCAGUUGAGGGACCAAGUGAUGGAGGCUCAGGCGUGUUACAGUCUGGGGAAUACUUAUACUCUACUGCAGCAAUACCAAAAGGCCAUAGAGUAUCAUCUAAAACACCUGUACAUCGCCCAAGAGCUCACAGACAGAGUUGGUGAAGGUCGAGCUUGUUGGAGUUUGGGAAAUGCCUACGUGUCUUUGGGAAACCACAAACAAGCUCUGCACUUUGCCCGAAAGCACCUGGAUAUAUCAAAAGAGAUUGGAGACAGAAAUGGAGAACUGACAGCCAGAAUGAACGUGGAGCAGCUGAUGGAGGUGCUGGGCGUCAGCGAGAGUGACCUUUCACCUUCAAGUUCAGAGUUCGAGAUGCAAGGAGCGAGGCCCAAACUAAGCAAGAGAAACAGCAUGGAUAGUGUCGAACUGUGGAAAUUAUCAAAUAAGGACGGAGAGAACCAGUACGUCGAGAGCAUCCCGAGGAGAUCCAAAAGUCAGCAGUCCCAGGCCAGUAAAAGGAAAGGCUACGCCGACAGUCAGUCCUCAGACGAACGACUGUGGCUCGACUCUCCGGUAGAGACGGAUGACAUCACUGUGCAAGUCCCGCCCCCACUGCCAAAACUGGGCCGCGACCCCUCUGAUGAAGACUGCUUUUUUGACCUUCUCAGUAAGUUCCAGAGCAGUCGCAUGGAUGACCAGCGCUGCAAUUUAGACAGUCCAGACAACGGAGACAACAGAGACAGUUCUGGUUCGAUGCCUUCGCUCAGUGAGAUGUUGGAUCCUUCAAUUACCACAUCGCCCCAGACGGAGGAGCUGUUUGAUUUGAUUGAAAGCUCCCAAAGUCGUCGUCUGGAUGAUCAGAGGGUUAAUGUUGGGAAUCUUCCAGGUUUGAGGAUUACUCAGAACAAUCUGGGUCACUUAGUGGGUGAGGGGGACCACCAAGAGCCCAGCGAUGACUUUUUCAACAUGCUUAUUAAGUGCCAAUCUUCAAGGAUAGAUGACCAGCGUUGUUCCCCACCAGAAGGGGGCCCCCACGCGCCCACAGUGCCUGAUGAGGACUUCUUCAGUCUGAUCCAGAGGGUGCAAGCCAAACGUAUGGACGAGCAGCGAGUCCACCUGCCGUCAGAGGAGCAGGACGACUCGGACUCUGCAGAGCUCGAACCGCCAGGAGGUGUUUCCAGCUAAAACAUGGUGCUGAAUGUGGUACAUAAA